AUGAGCAAGAAGCCUACAGAGAACCUUGUUCUUACUCUGCUCCUAACGGCGGUGGCAGCAGCUGCAGGUUCACGCCGGGAAUCAGUCAUCGUCAUCGGCGCUGGAAUCUCAGGAAUUUCUACCGCAAAUGCGCUUUAUGAAGCCGGGAUCAGAGACAUUCUGAUCCUGGAAGGCAGCUCGAGGAUCGGCGGGCGAAUGAUGAAGGCAGAGCUCGGCGGUUACACGGUCGAAAUGGGCGCGAAUUGGUUCUACACAGGAGGUCCUCUGCAGAACCCUUUAGCUUCUCUGGCCAACAAAACCAGGCUCAGAACUUCACUCAACGACGACUCCAACAUCACGGCGAAUGUCUACAGACAAGAAGGAGGCUUGUUCCCCAAGAAACUGGUGGAUGAAGUUGAAAUGGCUGCUUCUUCCACAGAGAGUUUCUGUGAAAGGCUUUCUGAAAAGUUAGCUGCCAUGUCCAAAACAAAAGGCGUCGACAUUGAUGUGUCUGUUCUGGAAGCACAACGCCUAUUUGGAAAUCUUCCAUCGACUCCAUUGGUGAUGGUGAUAGACUACUACCACAACGACUAUGAAGAAGCAGAGGCAACCACGGUUACGAGCUUGAAGCACACGUACCCUCGUCGCGAGUUCAAGGACCAUGGCAAGCUGUCGAAUUUCGUGUGUGACUCGAGAGGGUUCGAGGAGUUGGUACGGGGCCUAGCAUGCCGGUUUUCGAACCGUAGCAGCCAGCACAAGAUCUUGCUGAACAAGGUUGUGAAGGAGAUAUUCUACUCAGAAAGAGGAGUCGGAGUGAAAUUAGAGGACGGUUCUACGUACCGAGCUAAAUAUGUCGUUGUGUCUGUUAGCAUUGGAGUGCUUCAGAGUAAUCUCAUUCGCUUCACUCCAACCUUACCGAUGUGGAAGAUGAAUGCGAUAUCGGAAUUCGAUAUGUCAGUUUACACCAAGAUUUUCCUGAAAUUUCCUUACAAGUUUUGGCCAACUGGUCCUGGAACGGAGUUUUCUCUCUACGCCCACUCUCGUCGAGGAUAUUACCCGUUUUGGCAGCAUCUCGAGAAUGAGUAUCCGGGUUCAAACAUACUAUUCGUUACAAUAACGUCGGAAGAGUCGAGAAGGGUGGAGAAGUUAUCGAAUGAGGCAGUACAGAGAGAGGCCAUGGACGUUCUAAGAAAGAUGUACGGGGAUCGCAUUCCGAACCCAGAACAAAUAUUGGUGCCUAGGUGGUCGAUGGACAGGCUCUACAAGGGCAGCUACUCGAAUUGGCCGAAUGGUUACACCAAAGCUAAACAUGACCAACUCAAGGCUCGUGUUGGUUCGGUUUAUUUUACCGGGGAGCACACUAACAGUAGAUAUUUGGGAUACGCGACUGGAGCUUACUUAGCAGGUUGGUUGCCUGCUUGUCCUCUUUAUACCAUUUAA